ACCUGCGAUUCCAUCAAACUGGAAUGUACCCACACAAGCAAAGGAAGCAGUAAACAAAGAGAGACAAUCUACAGAGGGAGAAAAGAUUUGUGACACAGUCUAAUAAAGGGUUAAUAUCCAGGUAGAUAAUGCACUUAGCCAAAUGUAAAUAAAUAGUAAUUGCAAAAUGGACUGAAUGGAUACUAAUCAUAAAUCAUUUCAAAGCUGAACUAGACAGAUGGCUCAGUGGUUGGUAGGAGCACUGGCUGCUCUUCAAGAACACCAGAUUUCAAUACCCAGUAUCCACAUGGGUUUACAGUCAACCUGUAACUCCAGUUCCAAGGGGUCUGGUGGUAUCUUCUGGCCUCUAGGCUACUGCAUGCACAUGGCAUCCAGAAUUACAUGCAGGCAAAACACUGGUACACAUAAAAUACCUAAGUCUAAAAAAUGGUGUAACUAAAGCCCAUGAUACAUAAAGAUGAAAACCACACAGAUUCCACUGAGGGUUUAUUUAGAGGAGGCUGAAUACAAUAUUAAGUAUUAGAAAGUGGUAAAAUGAGAUUGAAAAUUGGAAAGGCUUAACUACACUUGUAACAUUACAUCUGAAAACCCAGUAGGCAUAUAAGUUCGGCUAAUGAGUGCAAAGGCAGAGGGGAAAGAACCACUUCUCCACCUGCACAGUGACUGGUCCAGUGGAACAUACGUAGCCAAGGAUUAUGCUCUUGGCUCCACAGUACAGAAUUUGCUGUCUCCAGGGUUUUUCUCAUUCUAAAGGCUCUGUGUGUUUUACAGGAAAGAAAUUCAGCUUGAAAAUGCAAAGGCUGAUAGGGAAAUGGUCAUCACUGUUGAUCAAGAAACAGAUUGUCCUGAGCUGGUACUAUAUGUAGGAGCCAUCACACUUGGGGAGAAGCAUAGAAAGAAAAUGAAGAACCCUCUCAGAAAACGGGAGAGUGAACACAUCUCUCAGGCUAUGUGUGCUCUCCUGAACUCUGGAGGUGGGGUGAUCAAGAUUAAAAUUGAAAAUGAAAAUUAUAGCCUCAACAGGGAUGGCCUGGGACUGGAUUUGGAAGCCUCUCUUUGUAAAUGUCUUCCAUUUGUGGGGGAGCACCUAGACUUCAUGGAGCAUGGAAGCUACUUUUACAUCUGUGUGAAACCCUGGAGUGUGGACAUCUUUGGGUCACCGAUUGGCACCCUGAGAACCAAUUUGUACGUAAGAACCUGGUCAUCCUCAGUUGAAGUGGUUGCCUCUGAUGCUCUCGAGUUUCUCCAAGACCUGGAGGAAACUGGAGGGAGAUCCUGUGUCAGACCAGAGCCUCCUGUAAGCAGAGCCUGCCCUGGAGUAGAAGAAGAGAGUCUCCUGGAGGACCUGGCUGCUGCAGUUUUCAACAAAACCCAAUUUCAGUACCAAGAAGGUUCCUUCACCAGGUCAGCUUAUGCUGAAGUGGCAUUGCUUUCAGGGAAACAGCUUCGAAAACACAUUAAAGAGCUUAUCCCUCGAACAGUUUCUGCCUUUGCAAACACUGAAGGGGGAUAUUUGUUCUUUGGUUUGGAUGGUGACAAGCAACAAAUAAUUGGUUUUGAAGCAGAUGAAAGCGAUCUUGGGCCCCUAGAGAGUGAAAUAGAGGAGUGCAUCCGACAGCUGCCUGUCACUCACUUCUGUGAGGAGCAGGAGAAGAUAAAGUACACAUGCAAAUUCAUCCAAGUCCACAGACAGGGAACUGUGUGUUCAUAUGUCUGUGCGCUCAGAGUAGAGAGAUUCUGCUGCGCCGUGUUCGCUGCAGAGCCGGAAUCCUGGCAUGUGGAAGGCGACCAUGUGAAGAGGUUUACCACGGAGGAAUGGGUCAAGUGCCUGAUAGCUGGCAAGCCAAGUUCAGGCACCACUGGUGCGUGAGUUCACACAGGUCUACUGGGCAUGUAUUAGCUGCUGCUCUCAAGGAACACAUAUGGUUCAACAAUGCCAUUCUUUUAACCUGUCACAGCUGAAGUACUUCAUGGCCACAAGUGGGCUAAGCCUGCAAGUCCCUGAAGCUCUGUAACUGGAAACUGAGAAAGAAAUGCAGUCAUGAGAUCAGGCUUCUGUCAAGCUUGUG